ACAAUGAUGGAGAUUCAGAUUCGAUGUCAUCAAGUAGGAACAAUGGGGACAACCCUAAUGGUCGCUCGCUCAGUGGGAGAGCCUUAUCAUCUGGGAAGGCUCCAGGGUUGAAAGUGAUCCAGCGACCUUACAGCUGUGAUGUAUGUGAGAAAAGUUUCCCACAUUUAGGAGACUUAAAAAGACACCAGAGAAUACACACAGGAGAGAAACCAUAUGGCUGUGAUCAAUGUGGGAAGAGUUUUCGUCAGCCAGGGCAACUGACGAAACACAAGCUAACACACACUGGAGAGAAAUCUUAUCGCUGUGAUCAAUGUGGGAAGAGUUUUGCUCGAGCUGAUACCAGGACUGAACACAAGCGAACACACACAGGAAGGAAAUCUUAUGUCUGUGAUCAAUGUGGGAAGGGUUUCACUACCUUAGGAGCACUGACUAUACACCAGAGAAUACACACAGGAGAGAAACCAUAUGUCUGCGCUGUAUGUGAAAAGAGUUUUCGUCAGUCAGGACAACUGACUAUACACAAGCGAACACACACGGGAGAGAAACCAUAUAACUGUGAUCAAUGUGAGAAGAGUUUUGCCGAAGCUGGUUCCCUGACUGAACACAGACGGACGCAUACAGGAGAGAAACCAUAUGUCUGUGAUCAAUGUGGGAAGAGUUUCACUACCUUAGGAACACUGACUAUACACCAGAGAAUUCACACAGGAGAGAAACCUUUUGUUUGUGCUCUAUGUGGAAAGAGUUUCCGUCAAACGGUACAACUGACAAGGCACAAGAGAACACACGCGGGAGAGAAAUCUUACAGAAGCUUUGAUCAAUGAGGGGAUUCAAUCAUCUCGCCUGGGUUGCACACAAACUCACAGUUGAAGAUGCAUCAGCGAACACACACUGGAGAGAGACAUUACAGAUGUGUGGUCUGCUGUGAGUUUUUAGUUUAUUAGGAUCCCCAUUAGCUACAGGAUUUUGGAUCGCCAUUUUUCACGGUUUUGGUACCGUGAUGAAACUCAGUGGUGUGUCUGGUGGGGUAUCUGCAGUCUAUUCGGGAAAGUAUUCAGACCCCGGGGGAGAAGGACCUUGGUCAGGGCGGUGACCAAGAACGCAAUGGUCACUCUGACAGAGCUCCACAGUUUCUUUGUGGAGAUGGGAGAACCUUCUAGAAGGACA